AUGAAGUUUCCACCAGGUUUGAAUCCUCCAACUCCUUCACAUGUCUGUCGUCUUCGGAAAUCGUUAUAUGGACUGAAACAGGCCUCGCGCCAGUGGUAUGCACGGCUAUCUUCAGCCCUUGCUACAAGAGGUUUUACCUUUUCGCUGAAUGAUUACUCACUUUUCUUCAAAGUGACUGAUGAUCUGAUUACUCUCCUAGCUGUAUACGUGGAUGACAUUCUAAUUACUGGAAACAACAAGGAGGAAAUCAGUGAGAUUAAGCAAUUUUUGGAUUUUGAAUUCAAGAUUAAAGAUCUAGGAGAAGCUCACUAUUUUCUAGGCAUGGAAUUGGUCCGAGAGAAUGGGGGACUUGUGGUAACCCAACGGAAAUUUGCUCUGGAGCUUCUUCAUGAAUUUGAUUGCAUUGGUUCUCGGACAGUCUCCACUCCUUUAGAGCCUACUCUCAAGCUGACCUCUACUUGUGGAGCACCUCUUGCAGACCCUAUUUCUUACAGAAGGAUCUUGGGUAAAUUAAAUUUUUUGACGAAUACUAGGCCCGACCUUUCUUAUGCUGUGCAGACCCUUAGCCAAUAUAUGCAGUCUCCUCACACUGGGCACUUCCAGGCUGCUUUGCGCACUCUUCGAUAUUUGGCUUGCGAUCCGGGACUUGGUUUGUUCAUGACACCUGACCAUUCUUUUCAAAUUCUGGCAUUUUGCGACUCAGAUUGGGCUUCUUGUGCUGAUACACGACGAUCUGUGAGUGGAUUCUUUUUGAGCUUAGGAGGAUGUCCAAUUUCUUGGAAAUCCAAGAAGCAACCAGUUGUUGCUCUCUCUUCAGCGGAAGCUGAAUAUAGAUCGAUGCGGCGUUUAGUGGCAGAGAUUACAUGGAUUGUUCGACUUCUUCAAGAUCUCAGUGUUCCACCUGUUUUGCCGGUUCCCCUUCACUGUGACAACCAAGCUGCAAUACAUAUUGUAAAAAAUCCUGUCUUUCACGAACGAACAAAGCAUAUAGAGCUCGAUUGCCACUUCGUUCAUGAAAAAUUACUUGAUGGAUUGAUUUCUUUGUCAUUCGUCCCAUCUUCUUCGCAGCUUGCGGAUUUGUUCACCAAAGCUCUUGCGGGUCCGCUGCAUCGAAGUCUUCUUCGCAAGUUAGGCAUCCGAUCUCCGGCCUCCCACUUGAGGGGGGUUGUUGCCGGAAAGGAGUCUUCUGAUGGGUCAAAGAAUGCAGCGGUGGUCGAUGUAGUCGAUGGAGGUGUAACAAAAGACUAA